AUGUCGCGGUCAGUAUCACUUGUCGUCAUCGGGGAUAUUAUAUGUCCCUGGUGCUACAUCGGUGAAAAGGAGAUGGAACGUGCAAUUGAAGCCGUCAGCGAUCUUCCUCUCACGAUCAAGGUAGAGCACCGGCCAUACCAGCUUCAGCCGUCACUGCCGGAUGACGAGGCAUUAGUGAAGCGUGACUGGUACUUGAAUCGGUUUGGGAAGGAUAAGUUUGCCAUGUUCGAGCAGAUGGUCACCACCCGAGGCGCACAGCUAGGGCUCAACAUAAACUAUGGUGGGACAAUCACACAGACGACCCGGGCGCAUCGUCUCAGUCUCAAAGCGCUGAAGCUCGGGGGUCAGGAGAUGCAAGAGUCAUACCUGAAUGCGAUCCACAAAGCUUACUUUGAGCAAGGAAAGAACAUCGGGGACAACGAUACGCUUGCAGAGUUGGCACAAGAAAGUAGUGUGAUGACUAGAGAAGAAGCACUGCAGUUUCUUCAGUCAGACGAGUGUCGAGAAGAAGUUAUCAACAUGAUGGCGGAGGCACGGAAGAAGGGUGUGACUGGGGUUCCGUUCACGAUCAUUGAUGGCCGGUGGGCAGUCAUUGGUGGACAAACUGCGGACGUGUACAUCCAGAUUUUCAAGAAGUUGGCACAGACUGAGAAAGUGACACCUUUGUCUAAAAUUCCCGAUGGUCCAAUGUGCUCAGUCUAG